GCACACGGGUGGCGCUGUCCGACUUGAAAACAGCUGGGCUCUUACGUGCGUCCACAGAGAAGAAACGUGGGACUGCAAAGCAAAGGGGACAAGGCAACGGAUUUAGAUAAGGAUUAGCGCUGUUAUAGUGGUUUCACAGCUAUGCGAAAUAAGAAAACGCAAGAGGAUUAGAGAAACACAUCAAGUUGAGCAAAAUAGCAAAACAGUGAGAAAGCGAUAUGCGGCUUGCCUCCGAAAUGAAAGAGAUGCUCAUGUUCACGAAGAGACGUUCAACCCAAGGAAAUCUCAAGCUCUGAAAUACAUUUAUUAUGCUACAAGAUUGUUAUUCUUCACUGGGGUGGUUGCUAAAGGUUCCCUGAAGUCUUUGAGCCAUAAGAGCUACAAGUACUUCUGUAAUCAAGCGGAUGUAAAAGAGUUUUUAAAAGAAUGUGAAUAAAGUAUCACUGGUCGAACUUGCUAGAGAAUGAAGCACCUGGAAUUGGUCACUGCCUUUUUUGUUGGAACAAUGGAAGCAUUAAAUCGUAGACUCAAGGUUUUUUCCCACUAACCUGGAAGGAGGGCAACAUGGCAAAGCCCUUCUACAGGCUUCAGCGCUUCUUGCGACGGACUCAGCUGCUCUUCUUGUUCCUCGGUGUCGCAUAUAUUAUGGCUGGAAGUCUCCUUCUUCUUCAGAGACAUGGAUUGGUGGUGUCACAGCGUGGGACGAGCAGUUACUUUCCAUUGCCGUCUCUGCCAUCUCCUCCCAGGGCCCUGGAGGCACCUGCCCUCCGGACAAGUUAUGGAAUAAUGGGCACUCGGGUCACCGGAAUGAGGGUGGGAUACCAAAGUGUUUUAUCCGAAGACAAUGCUGGACCACAAUGGCUGAUCUCACGAAACCAGGAGAUCCGAUAUCUGAGACGCCGCUGGUUCCACAGCCUCAUGUCCGAACAGGAAGCAUCCAGAGUGGAGAAAGUUCUUCCGAAAAGAAAAAUCCGACACAAAGGCACGUACAUCGGCUGCUUUCUUGAUGACGCCAAAGACCGGACGCUCAAAGGGAUGGUGUUUUAUGACUUCCGGAAAAUGACCAGCACCUUGUGUCAGGACACCUGCACGGAAAGCGGUUACCAGUUCGCUGGCCUUGAAUAUGGGUCUGAGUGUUACUGUGGCAACCGCAUCACAAGCGCUCGGAUGAAAGAGGAGGAGUGUAACUUGGACUGCAAAGGCGAGAAGGGCGCCAUCUGUGGAGGUGUGUCCCGUCUGUCCAUUUACAAGGUGGAGGAGGUUCUCCCUGGCCAGCGGAGAUACAGAAAGGUGCGCUACAGGGGCUGCUUUAAAAAACCUGACAACACAACAACAGCUUCCCUGGCUCAUGCCAUUCAGCCCAACCUCACAUCCCAGUGGUGCAUCAAGACCUGCAUGGAUCAGGAGUUUCCUCUGGCUCUGGUCAGGAAGCCUGACUGUUUCUGUGGCUAUGCCACUGCUCGCUUCACUCUUCAUGAGCCGGUGAAAGAGGAGCUCUGUGCUGUGGAAAACAGCAGUCUGCCUAUCCAGAGUUCCCAUCAGCUCUUCCUCCAGGUUUAUCAGACACCUGUUCAAGAUUCCAGAUGCACAGAGAAGAAGUUUCUACCUGAGAAGUCAAGCACACUCGUGGCUUUGUCCAGUUUUCCUGGUGCAGGAAACACCUGGGUGAGGCAUCUGAUCGAGCUUGCCACUGGCUACUACACAGGCAGUUACUACUUUGAUGGCACGCUCUACAAUAGAGGCUUCAAGGGUGAGAAAGAUUACUGGAAGAGUGGAAGAACCAUCUGUGUGAAGACACAUGAGAGCGGCCAGCGGGAUAUAGAGGUGUAUGACUCAGCAAUACUGUUGAUAAGAAACCCCUACCGCUCGCUCAUGGCUGAGUUCAACCGCAAGUGUGCCGGGCAUCUUGGUUACGCUUCUGAUCAGCACUGGAAGAGCAAAGAGUGGCCAGAAUUUGUGGGUAGUUAUGCCUCCUGGUGGGCUUCUCACGUAUUGGACUGGCUGCGUUAUGGAAAAAACCUUCUGGUGGUGCAUUAUGAGGAGUUGCAGGAGUCACUGGUGCCCACAUUACGAUCCAUCACUUCCUUCCUUAAUACCAGUGUCAGCGAAGAGCGGCUCCUCUGUGCUGAGUGCAACAAGGAUGGCCACUUCAAGCGCUCAGGUGCACGACGGCCCAGCUUUGACCCCUUCACCCCAGAUAUGAAACGGCUGAUUGAUGGCUACAUCAGCACUGUGGACCAGGCCCUCAGAGCCAGCAACCAUUCUAGCUUGCCAAAGGAGUAUCUCCCAAGAUGAUAAGUCCAGAACUAGAGUACAGGACUGGUUGUCUUGCUCAAGCUUCAGUGCUACAAACUUACAAACUAUAAUGUCUUGGAGCUAUUUUGAUACGUUAUUUCCUCACGUAUUGAGGUUGAAAAAAGUGGCAUAUGAUGCUGUUGUGCUUUGAGAUCGUCAUGUUUUAACGGCGGUCCGUGGAUAAGUCUGCGAAAGGAAACAAAGUUCAACUUUGUUGCCAUACUAUGGUGGAUAAUUAUAAAGAUUAGGUUUGACGACUGCAGAAUUGAACUUGAGACUCUAGUCAGUGGCUAAAUAAGUUCUCCUUCCUCCUUUGGGAAGAAACUUGAGUGCUUAAUUACAUAAUUCAACUACAAGUCAACAAGAGGCCUAAAUAAACAACAGGUAUAACUGCUUAUGAACUAAUCUGACAUGUACUGUAGAUGAUAAUGAAAUGUCCACAUGACCACAAAAAAAAACAUCAUUUUAUUACUAUACGGUGACAUAUUUGUUUUUUAAUUUGUAGAGAAAAUGUUUGACUGUUUACAAAGCUGAUAUCAUAAAUGCUAGGAUGAAUGUUAUUUAUUAACAUAACAGGCGAUAACCACAGAUACUGCAAAAAUGAUUUUAGUAUUUUUGUCUUUUUCUUCCAGUAAAAUAUCUCAAAAUUCUUAAAACAAGAUACUUUGAUAAGCAAAAUUACGUAAAAGUCUUGUUAUCUGAAAAAAGCCUAUCAAAAAAAAUAGGGGAAGAAAAAUAAAACCUUCAAAUUAAGUUUAUUUUUCUUACCCAAAUGGCAGAUAUUUUUUCUUGUUUUAAGCAUCAACUCACUUAAUUUAGUUUUUUUUUUUCUCUAGAAAACAAGACAAUACAAAAACAACAAACAAUAAAUUUAUCGUGAUUUUAAGAACAUUUAGAUAUUUGUACUGUAAAACAAGUAAAAAAAUACUGAGUAAGAAAAUCAUUUUUGUAGUGUAUUGAGGACAAGGUUGAGGACGUACUAAAGUAUUGAAAAAGUCAUACUGACCACAAAACUGAAUAUGAAGUGCAACAUAUCUAUGAUGGUAACAGCCCUGACAGAUGCGAAACGUGAUACUAUGUUGUGGGGUAACAGAAUAACAAACACGUUUCCCUUCCAAACCUACAAGAUCAAGAAAAUAUGAUAUGGCAAACAUACUUAGCUUACAUCAAAGUCAAAAGAGUGGUGACUGUCCCCAUCCGUCUAGAUUCCCUCAGAACGGAACCAAAGCUUUCAACUAGACUAGACAAGACUUGCCUUGCAGAAUGACGCUAGCCUGAUGCUAAUCCUCCCAGAGCUGAUUAGCACGUCGCCAGCAUGCUCCAGAUGUGUCUGGAUUAAGCGCUGGUGUAAUACUCUUUUGCACAUUGCCAAACUGGGAUCAGCUGCAGAUUCAGACAAUGUCACUGUAGUGCUAGUGGCAGGAAUCCCACCCGGGGGCUGUUUCUGCAGAGUUAUUCAACAAGACGCGAAAAAUCAAUCGGAUAGCAGCAUUCAGUGUAGACUUAAUAAAAAGUUUGCACUGUUUGAGUUUGGUCCAUAAUUUAGUGAGUAGGUUUACAAAAAAGCCGAAGUGUGUAACUUUAAAAAAAAUGCUCCCUCCAUUAGUCACUGGUCUGAAAAAAUUAAAGUAACACGCAAAAUUUCAUCAUUGGGUCAUUGCUGUCAUUUCAUCAUUGCUGUGCUGGCCUGAUUGUUCAAAGACAAAGAGCAAUGUUUAAUAGUGUCAUAGCCAUACUGUUUAUACUUUUUGGAUGAAUCAACUAAGCUGGGAUGGAAGAGUUUUUAACACUGGAAAAAAAAUAGUUUGCCGGAGAUUGAAACAUCUUUCAUCGUUUACUCAACCUCAUGUCGUUCCAACCAGUGUUAUUUUAGUAUUAUUUAUAUACUAUUAUAGUAUUUAUGGAUAUUUUGAAUUGGGUUUUUUCCCCCAUUUUUCUGCAUUUAUUUUAG